GUUUUGUAUGAAACCCGCAAAGAAAAGGAAAACUAUAUUUUCUCUCAAAAUUUGGAAACUUCCAUAUACACAUCAAUCUCAGUCCUCUCUCGCCUUCUCAAUCUCUCUAUUUAUCUCAUCAACAUUUUUGCCCUACCUUAGUUUUCUUCCUCUCAUCAACAAUCCCUUUGCCAUUUCUUCCCUCAAUUUCCUUCGCGAUACUUCAGUCCCAGGGGAAGGGAAUUAAUCAGUGCUAUUGAACGAGCAAUAAUUUAAUAGGAUUAAAGAGGAUGAGUCGGGCUGAUCAAGGAAUCAGCGCUGAUAAUUUAGCUGAUGUUCAUUUAAAGCCAAAACGUGGUCGUCCCAGAAAAUAUCUGAAGUUAAAUUAUGAUGACACUACUCUUAAUGCAAAGAAAAGAGGUAAGAAACAUUUGGAGGCUAUUCCUAUUUCUCCCGGUUCUGGAGUAAAUGGAGACCAAUCAGAUCCAGCAAUUCAAAUUCAAAAUGUAGCUGAUGUGGGACAAGUUGUGUCUGGUGUCAUUGAGGCAGUAUUUGAUGCUGGAUAUCUGCUGUGUGUCAGGGUUGGCGGCUCUGGAGUAACUUUGAGGGGUGUUGUCUUUAAGCCUGGGCAUUAUGCCCCUGUUUUGGCAGUGAACGAUGUGGCCCCAGAUGUUCAAAUGAUCAGUAGAAAUACGGUUCCUUUUGCUACAGAAAACAAAACUAAUGGAAGUAACCCCCGAUCUAAAAAUGGAGAAGUUCCAUCCCGUGAAUCAUCAGGUGCCAAACUGGGGUUUAAAUGCACACCUCCACACUCUACCUGGGAUGCUUCAAAAGACAAAUCUAUAUUUGCCCAAAUAUCACCUUCGGGAAGCUCAAGAGGUUCUGUGGUCCCUGUUGUACUACAGCCUGCCAAAUUAACUAAUGGAUCCUCCGUUGCCACUAAAUCAUUUACAAUUCAAACUGCUGAUAUUGACUCCUCGAAAGGAAAAGAGGUUCUUGUAGGUACUUCUACAGCAAAAGAAUCAGCUCCCGCCAAUCCUUUCCAACCCCAAACUAGCCAGCAGGUCUUACAGGGUGAUGAUUCUGUUGAAAAUAGUUCUGACGACCAAUCCUUUGUAGUGGUAGCCCGUGAUUCAGACGGUAAAUCAAUGACAUUGCCUAGCACGCCUUUCGAGAGUCUUGUGACUGAAGUGAUCAAGAGAAUUCAAACCCCUUCUCUGUCGACUGAAAUGCAGACGGAGAAUGACAAGUCAACUGGUGGUAAGACAUCAGCUAAAGAAUGCAAAGGUAACUCGGAGGUUGUGGCCAACAUAGUGGAUGGACCUUUGAUGAUUGAACCUCUAAAAGCAGUGCAGCCCCAUGAUGACAGUUCAGAAUCUAAUCCCAAAGCUCUGGAUGAUGAGUCUAGAACUGGCAAAAUGACUGAACUGUUACAGAUUUUGCAGGAAAACGUGAUGGAAACUCCAGAGCCAUGGGCUGAAGUGCAGAACCUGGGUUUGGUGCUCAAGUUAGAUGAGCCUGGGGAAUCAGAAACAGUGAUUGGGGAUGAAGAAACUAGUAACCAAAAGCAAAUCUAAGAAACAUGUAUUGUCAUGGUUAAUAUUUUUGGGAUAGAAGGUAACAUAUGGUGUAGCUGUUUUCUAGAUGCUACCUCACGUCUAAUCCUAACUGGGUUUUAGUUGGAUGAUUGUACCCCAAGUUAUUAUAUUUUUCUAGUUGGAUAUUUGGAUAUGGACAAUUUCACCUUUGUGAGAGUACAGUAGCUAAAGUCCUUAAAUUAUAAGGUUUUGUUGGGCAGUUGGAUUGAA